AUGUCUUACUGGGCCAUUUGUAUUCCAGCAUGUUAUAUAGAGAGACUCAAUACAGAAUCACAGUCAGUAUUUCAAAGACUGAGUUAUUUCACAAGAAAUAACUUCAGAAGAAGCGACAAGACGACGGAUGCUACAUACAGACCUGUAACUAAUUUCCCAGGGCCUAGUUUGUCAAAGAAAGCUUCAGGAUCAAUAUUUAAAAGACUAAGCAACGCUACUAGAAAUGUGUUCCAAAGAAGCAAUGUGGUCCAACCCCGGAAUACAAAUGCCAAGGAAUCCACUGAGAAGAAAUUGGCAUAUCCAUGGGGGCAAAAUAGAGACCGUUCAACAGAAAAGAAGCAAACUGUUAAUAAGAAAAAAGACCCUUCACCCUCAAAACAAGCAAAGGAGCAUGUACAAAAAGGGCAGAAAAAUAACCCAUUGCUUGUGAAACCAAAGGGGAAGGUAACAGAUAAACAGAAAAUAGACCCAUCACCUGCAAAACAGCAGGGAGCUAUACAGAAGAAAAAAGAUCCAUUGCCCAUAAAACAGACUAAGGAGAAUGUUCCAAAAGGGCAAGGAACUUUACCAAAGAAAAAAGACCUUUCGCCUGCAAAACAGGCAAAGGAUAAUGCACCAAGAGGACGGGAAACAGUUAGGAGAAAACAAAACCCACCCCCUUCCAAAGAGAUAAAGACGAAUGUGCAAAAAGGACAGAAAAAAGAUAUUUCACCAGCAAAACAGACAAAGGAUAAUAUAUCAAAGGGGCAGGAAACUGUGCAGAAGAAAAAGGACCUUUUACCUGCAAAACAGGGAAAGGAAAUUGUACCAAGGGCAUGGGAAACUGUGCAGAAGAAAAGAGACCCAUCGCCGGCCAAACAACCAGAAAAGAAUUUACAAAAAUGGCAGAAACCAGUACAGCUCAAAAGAGAUCCUUCACCUGGAAAACAGGGAAAGGAAAUUGUACCAAGGGCAUGGGAAACUGUGCAGAAGAAAAGAGACCCAUCGCCGGCCAAACAACCAGAAAAGAAUUUACAAAAAUGGCAGAAACCAGUACAGCGCAAAAGAGAUCCUUCACCUGGAAAACAGGGAAAGGAAAUUGUACCAAGGGCAUGGGAAACUGUGCAGAGGAAAAGAGACCCAUCGCCCGUCAAACAACCAGAGAAGACUGUACAAAGAUGGCAGAAACCAGAGCAGCGCAAAAUAGAUCCUUCGCCUGCAAAACAGGCAAAGCCUGUUUUAACAAGAGCGCAGGAAACUGUGCAGAAGAAAAUAGACCCAGUUCCUGCAAAACUGAUAGAACCAACUCGAAAUAUAGCAAAAGGGCAAGUGAUUGUGCAAAAGAAAAUCGACCCUUCUCCUGUGAAACAGACAGUAAACAAUAUCCAGAGAGAGAAGGUAGAAAACGCUUUGCCCAUAAAACAGCAAAAGGAUAAUGUACAGAAAGUGCAGAACAUCGUCCGAAGGAUAGAUGUUUUGCCUGCGAAAACAACAAAUACUUUACCAAAUAAGGAAAUAGCUGAAAAUAAGAGAAAGGUCCAGUUACCAAAAGAACAGAAAAAAGUUAUACAGGAUAAAGACCUUUCACCUAUGAAUAAGAUAGAAAACCAGACACCUCAAAGGCAAAAGUCUGUGAAGCAGGAUAAAAACAAAACAUCACAGACAGGGAAAAAACAUUUAAAGGUUCAAUUUGUGGAACCUGUUGAUUCUCCCAUUGCCAAGCCUCAAAUUACCCAAACACAGCCAGAGAAUCAGAAGUGUGUUAAACAAAGUUCUCUGACGAGUGUUCAAGACUACCGUCUUGGUCGUAUGCUAGGCGAAGGAAGUUUUGGCAGGGUCUUCCUGGCUCUGCACAAACCUUCGAAAAGAAACGUUGCCAUAAAAGCAUUACGCAAGACGCAUAUUCACAAUUGUGGUUUAACUAAAAGUGUUAUGCUUGAAAAGAAAAUCCUGAAAAUGGUCACUGUGGUCCAACAUCCUUUCUUGCUUGGAUUAUUUGCUGCCUUCCAGACUGAACACCACCUGUGCUUAGUGACAGAGUAUUCAGCUGGAGGUGACCUACAUGAUGCCAUUAAGAAAAAGAUAUCACAGGAAAGCAUUGUGUAA